AUGUGGAAUGGUCGUAAAUACGCUGAAAACAGUGUUGAUGGUGAUGACAACACUGGAGGAAUCUACAAAUGGACAAUGGAUGCACUUUUUGGACGUCGAAUAUCGCCCUCGCGACGGUUUAAGGAAGUCUCACAGGACGACACUAACUAUAGGCUUAGACGAAACAGUGAGAUGCCCAAAAAAAAAUGGGACGGUGUGGAAUACCAGUCAUCUGAAAGAACAAGAAAAAGAUCAACAUCCGUUUCGUCCAAUAGAUCAUUUUUACAGCGAUAUGAUUUACUAAAUGACGAAGACGCGGAAUCCGAUUUUGACUUCAAAGAAUUGAGCGAUCUCCGCCGAAACCGCAGAAACAAUGUGCCCGCUGAGCACAGUUCUGCACUGCAUAAUGACAGUACCGAUACGUUUUCAGCUCGCAGAAAUAAACUGAAUUUAAAAGCCCGCGGUGUGAACUCGACUUUUCUGCCAGACAGGGAAGAAGACAGUCUCAAAGUUACUGCUCCAAAUCUCAGCGACCCUUUGAUCUCUAAGCUGUUUGGUAAAGAAACGGGGGUUCAACUGCCAUCCGCAGAUCUUCCUGGAAAGUUUCCUUCGCCUCUCAAGCAGCGAGAUGCUCCAUCUCAAACAAAGGCUGUCACAGACGACUACCUGCAACUUUUGGAAGAUCUCGAUCUGAACGGGCAGAGGCUUAAACAACUUCAGGGCAGCAUUCAGCAAAAUCAAGAUCACCAGCGGUCUGUGGAAAUGAGCUACCGCGAAAAAUACUUCGUCGUGCGUCAAGAGUUGAUAGCUGAGUUGAAGCAGUCAAAACACAUUUACGACCACUACUACAAACUUUACGGCAAAUACAAGCAAUUGAAGUCUUCAAAGGUAUCACAAAUCGAUGCUGAAAAACGAAUACGGAAUCUAGAAUCCCAAGUCGUCGAUGCAUCAAUCGAGCGGGCCGGCGAGAUUCGUCAGCUCAAUGAGACGAUUUUCCGCGUCAAGCUUGAGCAGCAAGAAGAACGAGCCAGAAACGAUCAUGAGAGAAUCCGAUAUCAGUCUCGCAUCAUGGAGCUCGAAAACCUUCUACGAUCACGACUCUCAGACUCGCCAUUAAAACACGCAGACCGUGUAGCGUCGCAGAUGCGAGUUGAUGAAACUCAACCGUACUCGGAAACGUUUACAUAA